CACUAAAAAUCAUAACACUCGCGUCCAGAAACGCAAUUCCCCCAAAGUUCAGAAACCUAAUUCCCCUUCUUCCGCACCACCUCCUCCUUCUCCCUCUGCCGAAGCUUCCACGGCAGGUUGUGCUCUCGCUGGUGCAGCUGCAGAUUCUGGUCCCUCUGGACACAAAACGGUUCGUCGCCAUCAGUGACUUUGGCGAUAGAGCUAUUACUUCUGCCUCUGGAUCUGCAUGCUUCAAUUCAUUCACAGAUUUCAAGCUAUAUUAGGGUUAAGUACAAUCUUCAUUACUGAUAGGAAGAUUGCCAUAGAACUGGUUGAAGCUAAGGUCUAAUGUGCCGAGUUGCCAGAGUCCAGUGAGGUCUGGUAUUCUUCUAGCUAAGCUUCUCAACCCUGUUAUCUCCUCUGGGAUUUUGCCGAGCUAAGCUAAGAAUCAUUCGCUUGGAAGACCAUCACGUAUGGAUGAGUUUUUUGAGCACACUCAUACUCGCAAAGAGGAUAGGACUCAAUGGGUUGAUGAACACUCCCGAAAGACAAAGGAUAUAUUUCAAGAGCAUAUGUUUCAGGCUGAGCAAGAGCGACAGGCUGCUAUAGAGGCUGGUGUAACUGAUCCACCGCCUGUCUCUGAGGAAAGCAUAUGGAUUGAGACAGUGGGUGGAAAACGAAGAGGUAGGGGAUAUGGUAUGGGUGAGGUAAGGGACUCUUCCAUGGUGCGGCCUCGAGUUGAUGGGCCAACCACGACCACCAGCGCUGAUGUUUUGGAUCUUAGAGAACGAAUCAUAAUACUCAAUAGGGAAGUUGAACAGCAUGCUGCUAAAUAUAGAGAGCUUGAAGACCGCUACCAAAGGGAGAAAAGAGAGUGGCAACAGACAGUUGAAUCCUUGCAUGAGGAUCUCAACACCAGUAACUCACAGAUGGAUCAGUUUAGUCAUCAAUUGAGCAGCUUGACUGAGUAUGUGAGGGCCAUGGGUUCUAGUAGUUCUGGAUCACGUGUUCUCCCACCUCCUCCUUUUACUUUUCCAAGCUCUCAGAAAAGCACAGCUUCAGCCCCAGUCCCAACCCCAGCCUCAGGUAGAAAACUCCCACCUAUUCUGUAGCGACCAGGACAACCACAGAGUUCUCAAAGGGAGGAUGAUUCUGAUGAUUUUGAUGACUCGGAUGAUUAUUUAGAUGAGUAUGAGUAGGUUAUUUAAUUACUUGGAAUAUUUUGUAUUAUUAGUAGAUUACAAUUUAAACGAAUAUAAGUCUAAGUUUAGUUAUUUAUCUUGUCUUGAGUCUUUAUGUUAGA